UUUUUUUUGCCCAGGCAGUGUAUAUCAAUAACCAGCAGGAAGACUGACAUCAUGAGAGCUCAAACAAUUUCAGAGGAAACAGAGAAUAGAGAAGGUGUCAACACGUAUUCUACCUAUGGCACAAAGAAGAGCAAACAGGAAGCUGAUCAUCCUCUCUGCCUAUGUGCUCACAUGCAGUUGACCCAGCUGAGAGUAAUUUCCACCGUUAAGCAUGAAUAACCUGUCUUUAACACCUUUACAGAGUAGCUUGUGGGUUUGGUGGUGGUGUCAUUGUGAAGCCUUGUUUUCCCCAGAUACAUGUUUUUGUAUCUGGGGAUACAAAAAAUAUGUUCGAUUGCAGAACAUGAUUCACAUUCUUCAAAUGCCACAGUGGCUCUAAAAAGCCUUGCUACAAUGCCAAGGUUUAUCCAAAAAUACAACCACAAACAAUUUGGUUUUUGUUUAUUUGUACUUUUUACAAAAAUACUGACUUCUGUUCUGCACAAUUCAACUAAAAACAAGCAAAGAGAAACAGAAAUAAAGGCAAGAAAAUAAAAAUUAGUGAGACGCUGGGGAAGAGAAUAAUCUUGAUCCCCAAAUUUUGAACUCACAUCAAAAGGUUUUGGGCAAAAAGUGACACACAGAAAACAUUCCAGCUGAAGAAAAGCAACCCCAGUGCCUGAUCGUGCCACCACUGUCUUUCACUGGCAGAGAUCUUCUUUCACGGAUAAGCAACGUUGAUUUUUGGUUAAAAUACUGUUUUUACUUGAGCCCCAAUGAUUUUGAGUUCAUCAUAGAACAUUAUAAUGAUCUUAGCCAACUGGCUGCUUGAUUCUCCAGUUUUAGACUCAUAUUUUUAUUAAUUUAAAAGAAGGCUCUAGUUACUGGUGACUGUCUUCACUCUCGGACAGUGUACAGUGUACACUAGCUGUGUUUCCACUGCAAAUGUGCACAAAUAUUGAUCGAUAUUCUGCAGUUAAAAAAAACAAAACAAAUUGUGAUGUUUCCAGUAAAUCAGAAAUUAAUUUAAAAUCACAAGUGAAUAAGCUUGUUCACACAAUAAGUCAUUAAAGACCAUGGCAGUGAUGGGUGCAAACAGCUACAUGAAAUAUAAUCAGAAUUCAACUAUGGUGCUAGCGCUCACCAUCUAUCAGCCAUCAGGGGGGAGACAUCAGCAUUUUAUUUGGGCUUUGGAGCAACAAGCCUCUUAUUAGGAGGAGCUACUUACAGAAGAUUCAACACAUUCAAAUGUCACACAACUUUUUAUGAAAUAUGCAAUGCUGUGAGAGCUCUGGUGGAGCCAGCUGCACAAUGUUCGGAACAAAAAAACCCUAAAAAUAACUACAAACCAGAAAUAUCCAGCUGACCAUGACUCAUGUGAUGCUAUAAAAAGUCUAUCUAUCUAUCAGCAAAAUGUAUCUAUUUCGAUGCAGCUGAAAAACCACCUCAUCCCAGUACAACAACUUAUCAAAAACAGAGUUUAUUCAAAAUUGGGAUAUUUCUAUAGAGCAAAUUUAUUUUUGAAAUUUCAAUUUGCACAAUUCUAUGGUUAAUGGAAACGCAGCUACUGAGGGACUUUCUUUCUGUCCUUUUCCUGACACUUUUAUAGCAUCCUUUGUAACCUGAAUUCAACCUAUCUUUUACCUAAAGGAUAAAAAUGAACAUAUUAUCAAGGUUUCUAAAUGUAAGUGCUAGCAAAUCAUUAAAUACAUGAAAGAAAAUUGACCUUAAAAUUUUAGGCCAUGGAUUACUAGUCUGGUAUGUCUUUGUUAAAGUGAUGAGUGAACGUCAGGACUAUCCAAAUUCUUACCAACCUACUUUUUAUGAUCAUCUGACACCGGCCAUGUCACCUGAGCCAAAGCGUGCUUUAAAGUGUUGCUCCAAAUGCUGGCAAUUUUUACAAAGUUUUAUCCUUUCUUUAUAGACCUUACAAGUUACAUGAAACCAAACCCAAGCAGAGAGGCACUGAGCCACAGUGUAAGCCCAAAUAUCAGCCCUAGCAACAGGAGACGAGUCGAUCUCCUUUAAACACGCAGACACAAACAAACUGGGACUGCUACAUGACUCCAGCGAUCAGGUUCAGCUCUCUGUAUUUUAAUGCUGGCUCAGGUAAAGGGGCUGCCUCUUCAUGCAGGUGUUUUAUGGUCGCUCCAGUUCCAGGUAUUUCAGUAACCCGAGUGGUUGAAGAACAAAAAAGUGGAGCAGAGAACUGAAACCAGCGCAGGCCUUUAAGAAGAAAAGGAACAGGCAGCAUGCUGCCUUUUGUUUGCUGAAGGAGGGAAGUUGAACUCUUCUGAGAUCUGGUUUCACCAUGAUGGUGCACCACUAUUUCUGCAUGCAAUCCAGAAAAUAUGGAGAAAGCACUUUGCUAAAGAACCUGAAAAAGGCCUACUGGAUAUGACAGCACUUGGUAGUUGGAGGGACAGAAAGAGAAAAGGUCAAAGAAAAAGAAACAGAAGACAGGAAAAUAAGAAAACUCAAACAGUGAAGAAUGUGCUGCUGAUGUUCAAAUAUAUGUAGCCAUAAUGUUCAUGAAUUUUCGGCGCAUCCACAAGAGGCAAUGUGUGCGCCUGCUGACCACAGCCAUGGUGCUUUGUGUGCUGAUGGUCUGCUGGGAGGAGCUGGAGUUUCAUGUUGUGAGCCACAUGAGAUCUUAUUCAUACCGUUACCUGAUCAACAGGUACAACUUCCUCAAUACCACUUCUAGCUCUGGCAGCGUGGGGAGUCACUCAGUGACCUAUCCAUACCUGAUCAAUCACCCCAACAAAUGUAGAGCUGAAAAUGGCAAAGACUGGGAUGAUGUUCUUUUGCUUUUGUUCGUAAAAUCCUCCCCAAAGAACUUUGAGCGGCGCCAGGCCAUCAGGGAGACAUGGGGUAAUGAGAGCUUUGUCUGGUCAGAGCUGGGGGUGCGUGUGAGGCUUCUGUUUGUUAUGGGCGUUUAUUCAGGUGUUGCACAGAGGUUCCGCCUCCAACACGCCCUGCAGGAGGAAGACAAGACCUAUGGAGACCUGAUCCAGCAGGAUUUUAUCGACACGUUUCAUAACCUGACCACCAAACUGAUCAUGCAGUUCCACUGGAGCCACAUUUACUGCUCGCAAGCACGCUUUCUCAUGACAGCAGAUGAUGAUAUUUUUGUUCAUAUGCCAAACUUGGUGAGGUACUUGCAGCAUCUUCUGGUUAGCCAACCAGAUACAAAGAACCUUUGGGUGGGACACGUUCACAAAGGAGCUCCUCCAGUUCGUUGGAAAGGCAGCAAAUAUUUUGUCCCAUAUGAUUUGUACCCCUGGCCUUCGUACCCAGACUACACAUCUGGAGCAGGGUACGUAGUUUCAGGGAACGUGGCUGCAAAGAUCUACCACGCCACUCUGGUGCUUAACUCCUCGCUGUACAUUGACGAUGUAUUCAUGGGAAUGUGUGCCAAAGCUAUGGGGGUGUCUCCCAUGCAGUAUGUAUACUUUUCAGGGGAGGGGAAGGCUCCAUACCACCCCUGUAUCUAUGAUCACAUGAUUACAUCACAUGGCCACUCCACAGAUGUGCGUUCACUGUGGCGAGCAGCCAUAGAUUUUCCAGCAUCCAACAGCUCCAGAGGAUUUCUGGGUAAUCUGUACUGCACAGCAAUUAGGGUAAUGCUACUGUGUCGGCCGUAUUACCAGAACACUUAUUCCUGUACUGCUGCUUUUACAUAAAUGAUCUCUGAGACACUGGUCAACAGUUGAUAUUACAAAAAACAAAAAUAGUGGUUCUUUGUGUUUGUAAUAAUGUUUGUGUUAACUGAGUUGUCUUCACGUUGUCUUGCAAUAAAGACCAAAGAUUUCCUGUG